AUGAACAACCUUUUGGAAAAGUUUCUGCCUGGCACCCAAUUGACUGUUGGCUCCCAUAAAGUCGUCAUAUUGAAGUACAUUGCUGAGGGUGGAUUUGCUCACAUCUAUAAACUACACCACCCCUGCUACAACCUCUCCAACAAUUUCGAAUAUACCGAUAUCGCCUGUCUUAAAAGAGUCCUCGUUAAAGAUAAAGCAGGUUUAAACCAGUUAAGAAAUGAAGUCGAUGUCAUGAAAAAAUUAAUCGAUUCUCCAUAUAUCGUUAAAUAUAUCGAUUCUCAUGCUUCAAAACUAUCCUCAAAUACCUCCUACUAUCAGGUCUUUGUUCUAAUGGAAUAUUGCUCAAAUAAUUCUCUAUUAGAUUUCAUGAAUUUACACAUUAAAUCUAAGCUAAAUGAAUAUCAAAUCACAAAAAUCUUUUACCAAAUUUGCUUAGCGAUAUCCUACAUGCAUUAUCUAUCCCCACCACUUAUCCAUAGAGAUAUCAAAAUCGAAAACGUCCUUAUAGACUCAAACUUUACGUUUAAAAUUUGCGAUUUUGGUUCAACUUCCGAAAUCAUAAAUCCUCCAAAUAGUCAACAGCAAUUCUACGAUUUACAAUCAAUAAUUUUUAAUCAAACAACUCCCCAAUAUAGAUCCCCAGAAAUGAUUAAUCUAUACUCAAAUUACCCAAUUAACGAAAAAUCAGAUAUUUGGGCUUUAGGUAUCCUAUUAUACAAAUUAUGUUACUAUAUAACUCCCUUUGAAAACUACUCAAAUAACGAAAUGGCUAUAUUGCAAAGCUACUACUCAUUCCCAGCUUUACCAGUUUUUUCUAAAAACUUGAAAAAUCUAAUAAUUAUCCUACUACAAAAAGACCCUAUCAAGAGACCAAAUAUUUACCAAAUAAUCCAUUAUCUAUCCUUAUCCCAAAAAAUUAAUUGUCCAAUAGUCGAU